AUGCCCGCAUUGAGAUGCUGGUCACCAGAGUUUACGAGAAAGGAAACGCCCCGGCAAAACAACUUUAGGGAUCGAGGCUUCCAAAUCUCUCAGCUCCGUAUCAUCCCAGUUGUUGGUUAUGCCUGGCGCCAGGCGAGAUGGAGGCUUAGGCGCGCUUACCCCUGGCCAGAUAACAAGGCAGACCUGCAGACAGGCCUAGGCGGCAAUGUAAUUUUCAAUAGCAACUACACCGCCACACCUCAGCCUUUGAGGAUCGCGAACGCAUAUGACCUGGGCUCAGAAAGGCCUUAUGAGCUACUGCUACAUGACAUUAAUUGUAUUCUUUGGGAUGAAGUCUUUUUCGAUAUACGGCUUGCGCCAGAGUUCCGUCGUAGCAACAAGGGAAAGGGGAGAUUUUUAGCCAAAACUGAGGAUCAAGCAUUUAAGGCUGAAAGCUUGGAGCGCAAAUCAACGUCGGCUCGCAACUUAUCGCCCGCAUCAGGCGGGGCCGUAAACCCGGCGUCCCCUCUCGGCAUCCCGAACCAAGCUUUCUCACCCGGACUUCCUAACGUCAAAGCUCCUCCCUCCUCACACAAUGACAAAGUCAAACAGUCCACCGACAACUAA